UGUUAAACGCAAUUGUUUCCAAUUACAAAAUCGUAAAUCUGUAAAUUUCAUGAAUGAAGAGCAGCCAGAUACUUAUGAUUUCAAACGGUUACGAUUGGAAGAUUCUGACGACGAAAAUAACGAGUAUCCGUGUAUGAUGAUUUCGGUGAAAAAGCACUUUAGCGAACCUUGCAUUGUUGAUGUGUUCAUAGAAAACACCAAAUUGAGCAUGGAAAUUGACUGUGGAGCGGCUGUUUCGGUUAUUAGUUUUAAAAUCUAUCAGAAGUAUUUUGCACAUAUGCAAGUUUCACAGUGCAAUAGUCGUUUGGUUGUAGUUAAUGGGCAGCGUUUGAACAUAUUUGGAGAGAUUUUGGUAAAGGUAUCUAUGAACGAUAAACAACAUCUGGUGUCCUUAAUCAUACUUGACGGUUCAAGAAGUUUCGUUCCGCUGUUUGGAAGAAAUUGGUUGGACAUUUUCUAUCCAUGCUGGAGAAAAACAUUCAUAAACCCACUGAGCGUCAAUGUUGUUAGGGAUGAAGUUCAACAACCAAAAUUGGAAGGUAAGAUUCAGUCUAACAUACGGUUACGAUUUCCUAAGAUCUUUGACGCAGAUUUUUCAAAUCCAAUAGCAGGGUUUGAGGCAGACCUCAUUCUUAAAGACGACAGGCCAGUCUUCCGCAAGGCAUAUGAAGUACCAUAUAAAAUCAAAGAUAAAGUUAUAGAGCAUUUGGAUUCCUUAGAAAAGCAGAACGUAAUUACCCCCAUUCAGUCACACGAUCAAUGCACAUCGAAACCAGCUUCGCAUAGUAAGACCACGACCGACUGCCACCAGGAUUCAAAUUCCAAUACAACGAACAAAGCGAUCGCGAGAAAAUAGCUCAGACGAGGAAGAGUUCUUCGGGUUUCCGGAUGUACCAGCAGUGCCAGAAGGUAAUCAGUGCAGGCGUUUUAAACAACUGAAACGCAGUCCUAUCAUUACUCGGAGCCGAUCGAGAACAAAACAAAAUGACAACGAAGAUGGGUCUAAGUAAGUCACAUCGCAGCAGCAAUGAUGGUUUCUUCGCAUCAUCGUUGAGUCCGGAAUGUAAAUCGAAAAAGAAGAAGAAAAGAAAAUCAACGAAGAAAAAAGUGCCAAAUUACCGUGAAAAAUGUUAAAGUAGAGAUUGCUUUUCGAAUAAGACAGAAGUAACAAAAAGUGCUGAAUUACUAUGAAUAAUAA